AGAAAGGCAGAAGUUGCAGGCAGAAAUUAUGGAAGUAAAAGCCGGCAGGAGAGCAUAAAUGGGAAGGAGAUUCCAGAGUGUGCAGAGGCGCUGCAGGAGGCUCCGCUGACAUGAUGAGGUCACUGCUUCUGUUGGGGCUCCUGAGCGCUUGCUCGGCUGUUCCACAAGAUCUGACCGGCAAAGUGUUCACCUUCCCACAAAGCUCCACGUCGUCCUACGUGAGGCUGACGGCCUCGCACACUCAGUUCGCCAAGGCAACGCUGUGUCAAAGGUUCAUGACGGACCUCAGGAGGGAUCACGGCCUCUUCUCUCUGUCCACGCGAACCUUUCCCAACGGCCUCCUGAUUUUCUGGGACGAACCCAACAAGGAGAUGGAGGUUCACGUCAGAGACAAGAAAGCAGAGUACUACAAAUCGGACAUAAAGCUCAACAUGUGGCACUCUCUCUGCGCCACCUGGGAAUCCAGCAACGGGCUGGUGCAGCUGUGGAUCGACGGCCAGCCGUCCAUUAGAAAGUAUGUUGCCUGGGGAACCAACUUCACUGAGAGCCAGCUCAUCAUCAUCCUGGGACAGGAGCAGGACAGCCACGGAGGAUCCUUUGACAGCAAGCAGUGCUUCAUUGGGAUGAUGGCCGACGUGCACAUGUGGGACUACGUCCUGUCGCCCUGUGAGAUCCAGGCAUACGUGGAUGACCGCAACUUCACCCCUGGGAAUAUGCUCAACUGGAAGGCGCUGGAGUUCCAGAUUUUUGACAAAGUGCUGAUCGAGGACAAACAAAUGUCCUGCCACUGAUGGAGACGCCAUCAUGAUCAUGAAACCGAUUUUCUUUUUGUCUGUUCAUCCUGUAUGGUCCAGGCUCACGGGUGGCUUUAGCUUCGAACAUGUCACGUUGCUAUGCUUCUGUAACACCCCAAAUGUCCCCAAGGUGGGAAGAAUAAAGGCAACUGCAAAGAACAAUAAUAAAACAACACCCCCUGGUGUUUUGA